AGAGAAGGGGGGAAAAAAUACAGGCAAACGUGUGGGCAGCUUAUUGGUAUGGAACUCCAUUUCCCAGCAUGCUCUAGUGUUACGUGACUUGACGCUUCUUGCACGGGAUGACUGAAGCAGCAGGCAGCGCAAGCCCGUCGAGUGCAGUUUAGUGACAGGAGGCCAACUCGUCCAGCUACUAAUUAUCUUCUCCACCUUCCAGGAGACAAAGGACACAUUUAAAUACAAAAAACAAGGCCGGGGGAGCGUUACGAACACUCCGACCACACCGCCAUUUUCGCUCGCUGUGUCUCAAGUGUUGUUUGGAAGGCCUGUUGCUGUCCGACGGGGAGGGAAUCCUCGGGCUCGCCCAGGUAGAUGUCGCCGGGCCGAGAGGUCGCAGAGGACCCCGACCGGAGCUCCGUCGACUGCGUUGGUUCCCCCAGGUCACUCCCAGAGAAAUGAGGCGUGUGAUGGUGUCUGGACCUUCAAGACUCACUUCGCCACCUGCCAUUAAUUAACCUGACCCCGACUACCCUUGAUCGUCUUUGGAGGGAUCUUCCAGAAAAAAUGAAUCGUUACUUGCCCGUGGCGAGACAGCACUUCUUGGCCGCGCUCGCCAGCACCAGCGUGGUGGUGAAGGCCAUAAGUGCCCUGGUGGUUCUCCUCUACCUGCUCUCUUGGGCUGUGGACACGUCGUACGCACUGGGAAUCACCCCGGGUUAUCUCUUUCCUCCUAACUUCUGGGUGUGGACGCUCGUCACCCAUGGGCUCGUGGAGCAGCAUGUGUGGGGCGUGGCGGCCAACGUGGGCACCGUAAUGGCUUGUGGGCGCCUGCUGGAGCCUCUGUGGGGCGCACUGGAACUGCUGAUCUUUUUCGCCGUGGUAAAUGUAUCCGCUGGCCUUCUAGCGGGCCUCUCCUACCUCUUCACCUACGCGGCCACCUUUAACCUGGACUUCUUGUUUGCGGUCCGCGUCCAUGGAGUGGCUGGCUUUCUGGGAGGUGUCCUGGUGGCGCUGAAGCAGACCAUGGGGGAUACGACGGUGCUCAGAGUUCCACAGGUAAGGCUCAAAGCAGCGCCGGCUUUGGUCCUCCUCCUCUUGGCCUUACUGCGUCUCUCAGGGCUGCUGGAGAGCUCCGCCCCCCUGGCAGCGUACAGCUACGGCGCCUUCUCCGGCUGGGUCUACCUGCGCUUCUACCAGAGGCACAGCCGGGGCCGCGGGGACAUGUCUGACCACUUCGCCUUCGCAAGCUUCUUCCCCGAGGCACUGCAGCCGGUGGUGGGUCUGCUGGCGGGGCUCGUCCAUGCCACCCUGGUCAAGGUGAAGGUGUGCAGGAAGAUGGUGAAGAGGUACGACGUGGGGGCGCCGUCGUCCAUCACUAUCAGCCUGCCGGGGACAGACCCACAGGAUGCAGAGAGGAGGAGACAACUGGCCCUCAAGGCGCUGAACGAGCGUCUAAAGCGCGUGGAGGACCAGUCCGCCUGGCCCAGCAUGGACGACGACGAAGAAGACGAGGAGGACAACGAGGUCAGGACAGACUUGGAGCCGCUCCUCCCGCGUGACACGCCCUCUUCCACUCCCAGACCAACAUCGGGGGGACUCCUCGGCAUGUCGCUCUCCUCGUCCUCCAUGUCGCACAGCGGAGGAGCGCAGCCCAACCCGGAGUCGAGCAUCAUCAGCUUCGAGGACGCACCAUCCAGGUCGUAGUGCGCACCAUGACUGGGAUGUUGGACCUGGUCACGCACUCUCUGACGGCCAGAUGGCUUUUCUCUUUCACACGUGUCGUCACCUCGUCCUGCUUGAAGCCUCAGAGGCAGGAUGUUGCGUUGAAGGCACCGGGCGCCGCGUCCUCUUGCUUUUUAAAUCAACGGCAAAUCGGAUGUACAAUUUCCUCGUCUUUGUCUGAGCGGCCACAAGAAAGAGCUCGUACUUGCCAGACUCUCGCUUUGACUUCAGGGUUUUUGGUGGUUUGGCAACACAGCAAGUAAAGAGAAGAGAGACGCUCUUGUUGCGGAACUACGAUGACUAACAAAAGGAAAAAAAAGUGCCAGCUGAGAAUAUUCUGGACCAAGAGUUCCUUUGCUGCCUUUUCACCUGGAGUGUCACACUUCAAGGACACCAGAAAACUGCUUGUUUCUUUUGUUUGAGGUUCGUUUACCACUUUGAAACCUGCUCCUGCACAAGUCUGACUCCAGGUCAUUCUGGACUAUGCUGGUGAAGUUGUAGAGCGCUGCCAGAUUUAGCAAUAGCUGUUCAACUAUUGCAGUCCUUCUCGGGUCAUUCACUCUUAUAUUGGUUUGAUACAAACAAGGUCAUUGGAAAACAAAAGAUUUAGUGGAGCCUUUUAAUAGGAGAGCUGCAGUCGCCGUCUUGUUUGCUUUAUUUGCACUCUGUCAUUUGUAAAAUGUCAGCGUUAGACAGUCGAUGGAUCCUGUUUGAGUUGUUGGAAUCUAAACUGUUCCAUUAACUCGACUUUAUGGUUGGAAUGGGAAAAAAAAGCUUUCUUAUCGUUGGCAUUUUACCCCAGACAGCAACAAUUCAAUGUAUUGUUCUCUGAUUUUACUUUCUGAUUCUCUUGUGUUUGGUUUUUCCUUCCAGAAUCAUGAUAUUGUCAGAUCGGGGGAAAAAAACAACUAAAACCACAUUUGUUUUUUAGCUUUGCGAAAAAUAAAUCACAUUGCACAGAAAGCAGAAAUGCUCUUCAUUCAAUAAAAUUCAUUACAUAGUGAAAUUGUUUCUGUUUGGGAUUACGAAUUUGUGUGUAAAAAAGAACAAAUAGUUCGGACUGAUUUAAACAGGAGGAUCCAAGCCAUUGAAAUUGUCCCAUCUUCUUGUUCAACCUCCUUCAUUUACCGUGCCUUUAGAGGAUCACACUGGCCAUUGUUGAUGGACAGAUGCUCUUUUGUGUCUCCUCCAACCAACCACCACAAACAAAUGGGGAGCGUAUUGAUGCUUCAAACCGACUACCGUACUUGGAGUUACAAUCACAGUGUCAUGGUGCCAAAUUAGUGUGAAUAUUGCUGUUUUUGGUACUAAUCAGUGGUUUCACUUCUCUUUGCUUUUGCCCUCUAUUCUGGAUAUCAGCAAGACAAAGAAAGCAAAGCAUACUGUUUGUAUGAAAACAACCUGAAAAGCAACUAUCCAUCCAGCGAUUCAUUUUCUACCGCUUGUCCCUACCAAAAUUAAAUACUUUUGUUGUGAUAAAGCAAUAUGAGGUUGAUGACACGGCUAAGAAAGGUAUGCCUGACAGUUCUCUAUGUUGGUUCAUCAAAACCGCACAGCAGCAGGUUUUUCCUCUUCAUUCAUUUUGUUUGUACCUGUCCUUCGACCUAUCUGGCUCUCACCUUGAUGGGAGUUUCUCUCUGUAUGUUGCACACUUUGCAGUUUUAGUUUACAAUAUAUUUCUGUACAUAAAAUAAAAAGGCCAUUGUAUGA